UGUCUAAGAGGGGCGGGAUCAGUCCUGAAGGGCCCACUGCGGGUCCCUGUGCCGCGCACACGUCCGUGCUGGAGCUAGACGCAAAGGUUGAAGUCCGACAAGGCGGCUGUUCCUGUUAGUAGUUGUAGUUCCUAUGGCGAGAAAAGAGGUAACUCGGAGGUAGGCCCACCUGCACACCCCCGCAGUACUGUAACAGGACCUUGUCACGGCAGCUCCGGCGCUACCCGCCCCGCGGCUUGGACAAAGACGGUGUCCAUUGGUUUUAGGUCAACGCUAUGUUUUGUUGGCGACUCAAGCGUGACGGCUGCUGACAAGAACCUCCAAUUGGCGGGCAGAUGUUUCUGGCAGCAGGCUAGUGCAGCACCACCACAGCCAGGGGCUGGUGUGGCUGGGACCAAGGCAGAGGGAGAUGGAUACCCCGGCACACCCACACCUUUUGAGCACGGUUUGUUAUCCUGGUCUGCCUUCUUGGUGUUGCAGGUCGGAAGGAGAAUGGUUGGCACACUUUCUUGCGUGGGUUUCAACCGUGGUUCCUGGUUGUGCCCCGUGGGGUGCUCAUUGAUGAGGCCCAACAGCCCCACGCCCUGCGGCACAGCUGUGGUAGCUGCUACUGCUUGCCUGCCUGGGCCUUAUGGCAUUUGUCCUUGUCACGUCUACUUUGGUGCAUGGCAUCGGCCAGCAUGCCUUGAUGCACGGACAGAGCACCGCCUCCUGCCCUCUGGAUACACAGACCUCAACGUAGACAAGCCAUUCCGCGUGGUCGGAAUAAGCCCUCCAUGGUGGUGAUGAGGUAUCCUGUCGUGCCUAUGCGUCCCGGGCACGUCUUGGCUGGUGAUACUGGCUGCCGGUGAUACUGGGCCCCUGACAACACGCACGUGGCAGAUGCCGGUACAGGCAUCGGACCUGACCGACAACGGGGUCGAUCUGCGACUUUCACACAGACGAUAUUGGCUCCAAUGACUCCAACGCGGCUCCGGCUAGGGGUCAGGCCAGGCAAGGUCUGCCGGUAGGACAAUGGGGUGCCACUCGCAGCUGUUUCAUCACGUGAGGACUCACACGUGGUAGUGGCAUACUGGGCGAGCACAUCACAGUUUUGCCAGGGACGGGACGGAGGUGUUGGAUGGCGGGGCUGGGCGGCCAUACCGGCGCUCAAGCAUAUAACAGAUGGCUUCGCGCGACGGGCUACUGUCCUUGCGGCAGUUGCUAGGCGCUCAAACUUCACCCUUCCCGUUCUUUGCCUGCACGACGACUAGCCCACGAUGCCUAAGCGACACAACGUCACGAGCGAGGUUGUUGAGGGCGUCCGGAUCCGGCACCUUCUCGCAGCCCCAGGCAAACGGAUUCCCUGGUGUGAUUCCUGCAACCGCGCCAUGUUCCAGUUCCUCGCCACGCAGAAGUGUUGCCCGCGGAACUGCGGCAAGGACAUCACGGCCCUGGUGACGGCCAUGGGCUGCACGUACCCCGGCUUCGAGGAGGCCGUCUGGGGGAAGAUCAAGGCGUCGCUGCGGCGCAAGCUGCAGGACCUCGACCGCGACGGCAACAUCGUCAUCUACACCGACCAAGACGGCGUGGAGCAGGCCCACUGGCCCAUCGAGACGGACUGGUGGAGGCGGGGCGACUGGGACGGGAGGAGGACCAACGUCGUCCCCGAUGAGAUCCGGCAGCGCCUCGAGGAGCAUGGCUCCCUCACGGCCGCGGACGGCGACAGGCCGCGGGAGGCUGCUGCCCCUUACGUCUUCGAGCGCGGCAGUGGCGGAAGCGAGGUUAUGCUCCCUGGAGCGCCCGAUCCCUCGCCUCCCCGCGACGUGGUGGUGGGCGACGGACCGCGGCGCCGCCCGUCCGCGCUGAGCGACGACGGCCUGAACGGGCCGGCUGACCUCAGCGACGACGAAACCCAGGAGCCGGCUGCGAGGUACGACAGCUACCGCCCGCCCUCCGCACGAACGGCCUCGGAGGCCAGUAGCGGCAGCAGGCACUCGCGUUGGGGCGGCGGCCGCGGUCGACGCUACGCGCCCUGGGACACGUCUGCCGAGGUAAGCCACGGCCCAGCCCCGACCGCGUGAGAUAGGCACUAACCUCACAGGCCGGCUGGUUCCUCAGCCGCCCUGGCGACCUGAGGACGUGGGACAAUGCAAGGCAGCGGGGGGCCAGGGGAGGCAGUUGGCGUUAGCCCAGGGCGACGGUGCGGUACGCGGCCGGGGCGGCGUGAUGGGGUUGGUGGCAUGACGAGAUGUGUGAGCGGUGUGAUGGUGUGUGCCGUUUGGGACUGGGUAUGUUGGUAGCCUUGUGUUGACACCUAUCGGCGUGGACAUGGCCGCAUGAUGGGUGUGGUAGUACUAAUCGUGUGUAUUUGUGGGAAUCUGAUCUCGGAGGCUUUGCUAUUAGUAUCAGGUGAUCUUGAACCACUAGUUGUCAGCCGUUCAAGGUUUCAAGGAAGAUCUGCACAGCACUCCAAAACCAUCAGGGACCAAGCCAUGGGUGGUGGACGUGUUGCUCUCCACCUAGGUACGCAUGUUUGUCAAGAGAAGGUGGACAUUUUGCACACGGGAUCGUUCACCCUGCCCCAGCCAGUCCUACCAGCCAGUGCGCGUCAAUUUCGACGAUUACACAGGCCCUUGGGGCUCACCGCUGGCGACCUUUUGCUUUUAUAAAUCUGUCAGGUAGACGGUCCAUCACCCGAACGACACCUACCUUGACGGCGCUUUGCCAAGACCACAGGGGGCCUACCUCGUCUCCAUAUUAGAUGUCGUGGUGAGUUUGCAGCCCAGCACCGAUAGGAUGGCAAGGGUGAGAUAGCUGAUUGGGCAGGGUGCAACCAGUCGGAAUGUG